CUCUCUCUCUCUCUCUCUCUCUCUACUUUUAACUUCCCGCCCAAACCCUCAGAAUUUGCUUUCUCUUUUUACACUCGAACCCCUUCUGUCUUUUCUACCAAUCCUCUCUCUCUCUCUCUCUAGAGGCUUCCAUCAUCUGGAGGUUAACAAAAGCAAACAAUAAUAAAUAAGUAAUGGGUAGAAGUCUGAGCCCAAUUCUGCGGCAAGAGUUGGAAAAUCUUGAGAAAGGUGCAGAUAGCAGAAAAUCUGCAAUGAAAGCGCUGAAAUCAUAUGUGAAAGACUUGGAUUCAAAGGCAAUUCCACUCUUUCUUGCUCAGGUUUCUGAAACCAAAGAGAAGAAUGGUUUGGCAUCAUUGCCAUCUGGGGAGUACACAAUUUCCCUCUAUGAAGUUCUUGCCCGCGUCCAUGGCCCAAAAAUUGUCCCUUUGAUUGAUAACAUCAUGACCACCAUCAUCAACACUUUAACUUGCAGUGCAGGUUCUUUUGCUCUUCACCAGGCUUGUUCAAAGGUUGUCCCAGCCAUAGCAAGGUACGGGAUUGAUCCCACAACUCCACAAGACAAGAAGAUGCAUAUAAUACACUCUCUCUGCAAGCCCCUUUCUGAUUCUGUUUUGGCUAGCCAAGAGAGCCUUUCUUCUGGAUCUGCCCUCUGCUUAAAGGCUCUUGUUGAUUCUGACAAUUGGCGCUUUGCUUCAGCUGAUAUUGUCAACGAGGUUUGUCAGAGAGUUGCUGGAGCCCUAGAUAACCCCACACAGACACAGACCAAUUCUCACAUGGCCUUAGUUAUGGCUUUGGCCAAGCAUAAUAAUUUGAUUGUUGAAGCAUAUGCAAGGUUGUUAAUACAAUCAGGAUUGCGGAUUUUGAAUGCUGGGGUUGCUGAGGGAAAUUCUCAGAAACGGUUAUCUGCCAUUCAGAUGGUUAACUUUUUGAUGAAAUGUUUGGAUCCAAAAAGCUUAUUCUCAGAGCUUGGAUUGAUUAUUGGGGAGAUGGACAAGUGUCAAUCUGAUCCGAUGGCUUAUGUUAGAGGGGCUGCUUUUGAGGCUCUGCAAACUGCAAGAAGGAUAGCCACGGCCACAGAGAAAGGCUUGAAAAUUGAUCGGGAUAUGAUGAUGGGUUCAUCUACAGGAUCAAGUUUUGGUAGGAGGGGCAAUAAUAGUCGGAGGAGAAAUUUAUUAUCGAGUGCUGGGGAUCAAUCACCUGUGGCUGCAUCACCCGAAUCACAGACAGUUGAUUCUUUUGUUGGAUAUGAUUCUUUGAUUGAAUCACCAAUUUCCAAUUGUCAGGCCUCUGGUGAGCUUAGUUAUGAUCAUGAUCGAAGGAGUGUCAAUCGGAAACUUUGGAGGAGGUAUGAGAAUGGUGGAGUGGAUGUAUCUCUCAAGGAUGGCUUGUACUCUGAGGUGACUCGUGGAAGUGCCACUCAGAGCCCCAAAGGUGGUGGAUCUUUCGAUAGCGAAGGUGAUGAUUACACAGACGGAUUUGCAGGAUUCUUGCAGGGAAGUACUAGAAGAGACAGAGUUCCAAGAAGUACUACUCCUAGUCCUCAGAGGUCUCGCUAUCAGAUUAAUGUAGAUAAUGUGAAGAUUUUCGAAACUCCAAGGAAGCUCAUUCAUUCUCUUCAGGAUCCAAAUAAUGAGAGAGCCAACUUCUCGGAAAAACAUUCUAGAAUGUUUAGAAGCCCAUCCUCCAGCAAAUUCGAGUGGAGCCCUACAUCCAAAUAUGACCAAAAUGGUCUUUCACCCAAUAUCAACUAUGUGGUCGAAAAGGAUGGAGAACUACAUGUUGGCAAUGAACAAUUCCAAGGUGGUUCAGAAUCCGUAUCAUCAACAGAAGAUAUUCCUAUUAAUGCUGAUUUGCAAGUGGCUGAGAAGGUGGUUCCUGGAAGUGAAGUUGAAUCGCUGAACUUUGACAAUCAGAAAAACAAUUGCAAGUCUGCUAUCAGUAUGGUCUGUGGUGUCUUUGUUAUGCUAUUUGCAGUUUUUAUUUCUUUACUGUGGAUUGAUGGCCAGGAUGAAAGCUGUAACCUUGUUCCCACCUAAUUUACCCAUUGAAAUGUAUCAAAAUCAAAGUAGGACAAUUAUUAGUGGUAAACACUUUGGAGUUGUGAUCUUGAGAAUCCAAUGGCUUUUGUAAUCAAAGAAUUAUAUUAGGUUAUCCUAACCAUGAGUAAGAUGUUUGAUGUGCUUUAUAGAAGUUAAAUCAUUGUGUUAUCUUGGGACAAUCAUUCUUCCUAUCUAUGCGUGUCUUUUGUAUUCUUUAGGA